CAGCCACGCCUCUGCGCGUUUUCCUCCGCGCUGAUUUCAUACGAAACUCAUACUUGGCAUUCCGCCUUUUUCUGUCAAACACGAUUUUUUUCACCCCAUCAGAAUAAAUCUUCAGAUCCAGGUUUGCUGUGAGAACGUGUCCAGAGUGGAGUGUGUGUCCGUGGCAGCAGAGCACAGAAGCCUUUGUAAGGUGUGUUGUGGCUGGAGCCGUCAUCAUUGCUUCCGAGUGGAGUUGCCGUGGCAGCCCUGAUGGGGCACAGGAGGAUGGAGGCUCUGGAGAGGGACUGGGGGAGGUGGCAGACCGUGGAUUGGAUGGUGAUCCUGAGGGGGUCUGGAGUCCAGACAUUGAACAGAGUUUUCAGGAAGCUCUGGCCAUCUACCCUCCAUGUGGCAGAAGGAAGAUCAUACUGUCAGAUGAGGGCAAGAUGUAUGGUCGAAAUGAGUUGAUAGCCCGCUAUAUCAAGCUACGCACUGGGAAGACACGCACACGCAAACAGGUGUCUAGUCACAUUCAGGUUCUGGCACGUAAGAGGGUACGAGAAUACCAGGCAAGCAUCAAGGUCUCUAGUCACCUACAAGUUUUGGCCAAACGAAAGUCUCGUGAGAUUCAGUCUAAACUCAAGGCCAUGAACUUGGACCAGGCAUCCAAAGACAAAGCACUGCAGACUGUAGCAAACCUCUCAUCGGCUCAGAUUGUCUCUGCUAGUGUAAUGAAACUUCAGGCUCCCUUCCCUCCGCCAGUCAGAUUUUGGCCCAGCCCUUUGCCAGGACAACAUGGACAUUCUCAGGACAUUAAACCCUUUGCACAGGCACCGUACACUACAUUACCAGCUCCUGUCCCUGCACCAAUCAAUUAUGAGCCGCUGCCACCUGCUCGUCCAACAGCUAUUGCAGCUCCUGUAUGGCAAGACAGAACUAUCGCCUCAGCGAAGCUACGGCUACUGGAGUACUCUGCAUUUAUGGAGACCCACCGAGAUAGAGAAACGUUUAAACACCUUUUUGUGCACAUUAGUCAGUCAAACCCAUGCUACAGUGAUCCCAUGUUGGAGUCUAUAGAUGUGAAGCAGAUCUAUGACAAGUUUUCUGAAAAGAAAGGAGGCUUGAAGGAACUUUACGAAAAAGGACCACACAAUGCAUUUUUCCUUGUCAAGUUCUGGGCAGACCUGAGCAGUGACAUUGAGGAGGGUUCUGGUGUGUUCUACGGAGUGAGCAGCCAGUACAGCGGAACAGAAAACAUCACCAUCAGUGUCUCAACAAAAGUCUGCUCCUUUGGAAAACAGGUGGUGGAGAAGGUUGAGACCGAAUAUGCUAAUAUGGAAGGAGGGAAGUAUGUUUUCCGCAUCCACCGUUCGCCCAUGUGUGAAUACAUGAUCAACUUCAUCCACAAACUCAAACACCUGCCAGAGAAAUAUAUGAUGAAUAGUGUUCUCGAGAACUUCACCAUCUUACAGGUUGUCUCAAACAGAGAAACUCAGGAGACUCUGCUGUGCGUGGCCUUCGUCUUUGAAGUGUCCACCAGUGAGCAUGGAGCACAGUACCAUGUCUAUCGGCUCGUCAAAGAUUAGCACAUAAUGUGCACACACAGACUGUUGAUACACACAGUAGAAUCACUACGCUCACUCCACCACACAGAUUCCCACUUCUGUACAUACCUUUGUAACAGACCAACGGUUGUCCCGCAGUCACACCU